AUGGCUCCAAGCGUCGCUACCGUCAAGGUCGCAGAGGAUACGGUUCUGCCGUUACGAAUCUUCGUCAACAGGAAACAACUGUUGCAAAAAAGCUCCAACGAAUCGAUCUUCCAUACUCCUUUACUGUCAAACAACUCCAUUGUCUACAUUAAAUCUCCAACGGUUAAAAUCCACCUCUCUAACAAUGAUAUGAGGGAUCUUUGCUCAGAGAUCAUAACUGAACUCAUUCUCAUCAUAUAUGAACUAGCACCGGAGCUAGCUGUUGGUAAGACUUUUGGGAGUCUGCGAAUUGGCCAGAGUUCAGAUUUUCAAGACAACUACUUAUCGAAGUUACUCGAAGGUGACGAUGCAGACUUGGUCAAGUCCCACAUAGAUACGAUCACUAGAGUGGCCAAGUUCAAAUAUAAGUUACAUUACAAGGGCAAUUGGGAGCUAGAGAUAUACAUCAACAGCGUGAAGAGACUCGCUGAUAUUAGGUCCUUUCUCCUGUUUAAAGAGCAGGGUCUUCAACAUCUUAUCAGGACAAUGCCUUCGAAGCGCAAAAUUUUACUUACAGAGACUGUUUCAAUUGAGAAGCCCAAGAUAUUACAAGAGGUUGACGACAACGAUAUAUCUUUGGAAGAGAUCGCAAGUUCGGCCGACCAGAAGCCAGAUUUGACUUUCAAAUACAAGCCCGUCAUCAAUUUGGGAGAUUGUAUAGAUAUACACAUUCUCCACAGGCCAAAGAGACAAAGGAACACUACCAAGGAUUGA